GCUCCAGCCUCCCGCACUCUGUCUAUGGCCUCCGACGAUGAGCGCCUCCGUGCCCUGAAGGCGUUCGACGACACCAAAGCCGGCGUCAAAGGACUCGUCGACGCCGGCGUGACCACCGUCCCGUCCAUCUUCCACCACCCGCCGGAGUCCUUUUCCCUGGGCAACAGCACGCCGACCCAUGGCAUCACCAUCCCGCUCAUCGACCUCGCGGCUGGCGAGCGAGCCGAGCUGGUCACCGCGGUGAGGACGGCCGCGGAGACGGUGGGCUUCUUCCGGGUAGUGAACCACGGCGUGCGGGAUGACCUCCUUGCCGAGAUGCUCGCGUCCGUGCGCCGCUUCCACGAGUCGCCGGCAGAGGCAAAGCGGCCGUACUACAGCCGGGAUCAACGCCGGCGCGUCCAGUUCAACUCCAACUUCGACCUGUUCACAUCACCGGCGGCCAACUGGCGCGACACCAUGUUUCUCGAGCUGCCGCUGCCGCCGGAGGAGAUCCCGGUGGCGUGCAGGGCCGUCGUGCUGGAGUACGCUCGGCAGGUGCAGCGGCUAGGCCGCGCUCUGUUUGAGCUGCUGUCGGAGGCGCUGGGCUUGCACCCGAGGUUCCUGGAGGAGGAGACGAUGUGCCUGGACCGGCUGAGCAUGGGCGGCCACUACUACCCGGCGUGCCCAGAGCCGCACCUGACGCUAGGCACCACUAGGCACUCCGACCUCAGCUUCCUCACCGUGCUCCUCCAGGACGCCGUCGGCGGUCUCCAGGUGCUCGUGGACGACGAUGACGGCAAGAAGAGAACGUCGUGGGUGGACGUGCCGGCGGUGACGGGGGCGCUGGUGGUCAACGUGGGUGACCACCUGCAGCUCAUGUCCAACGGCAGGUUCAAGAGCGUGGAGCACCGCGUGGUGGCUAACAGCGUGGGGCCCAGGGUGUCGGUGGCGUGCUUCAUUAGGCCGUGCCCGUCGUCGACGAGAGUUCUCGCGCCGAUCGUCACCGGCUGCGAGAUGGCCCUGUGAGACACUCGCUCGGUCAACGUAUUACGUGCUCUAUUCACGUUUCGAUCGCUCGCUCGCUCGUCUCUCUCCACAUCCACACAUUGCCAUGCCCCCUUAUCCUUUAGGUUCAGCAAGGAAGUAGUACUACCACACAAGAGAGAACAGAAAAGGUUCCAGACUGUGGUUUC